UGCACCUCCAUGUAUAGCGCUUUGUUCAUGAACGUAGCACAUAUUGAGUGCUCUAUCAAUGUUUUAAAGUAAAAUAAUAAUGUUGCUAAAUAAUUGUUAACAAUUAUGUGGAUACUUGUGUGCUAUUUGUUUAGAUUAGAUUUAACCUAAUGAUCAAGAUUUUGUGAACAAUAUUUUGUUAACAUAAUAAUUAAUGAUGGUGUGAAAAUCUUUUUGCUUCAAUGCUCUGUUGUUUUGACGCGUUAAGAAAUGGCGAAUAUUAGAUGUAUGAUUUACUUCAUUUUUUUGUUGACAUUUAUGUUAUCUCAAGCUGACAUUCAACGUACACCUUUAUUGGAAGACAAACAGAACAGUUUGGAUAGUGAUGAACAGACUGAUCAACCAGAAUUCUUUAAUGAAAAAUACAUAAGCAACAAUGGAGCUAUGAGAAGAUUGACAUGUUAUUCUUGUGAAGGAAUAGAAUGUUUAAAUCCUGAACUGUGUCAUAAUGCUGUUACGUGUUGGAAGUCCACCGUCAGGCAAACGGAUGGCACAGAAAGAGUCAAAAGAGCUUGUACAACAGAACAAGAUCAGAUUCCGUUGAUAUGCAAUAAAAUGGCUCCAGGCAGAUAUGAAGCUUUGUAUCAUGUGGAAUGUUGCUACACUGAUUUGUGUAAUAAAGGACCCUUUCCCAUUCUUGAGCCAUUAAAUGACAAUACUGAUGAAAGUUUCGUAAUCAGACUUACCAUAGCUAUACUGGGUCCGAUAUUGGGCUUAGGAGCCUUGACAGGUGGAUUUUUUUUCUGCUUGUUAGCACGUAAAACCAGAAGAAAACGAUCACUUGUCAUAAAGCGAAAUAAAUUACUAAUCGAUGCAGAGUUGGAACCAUCAAUGUUGCAUUUUCCAUCUCCAUCACCGACAUCUACCACUAACUUCCCACAUGAGUUGCGGGCUACUGCUGCUGGAGAUAGUACUUUAAAGGAGUAUCUUGAUGGACGAAGUUUGACUAGUGGAUCAGGUUCAGGUUUACCUCUGUUAGUUCAACGAACUCUAGCGAAGCAAGUGGCUUUAGUUGAGUGCCUUGGUAAUGGUGGUAGUGGAUUCGGUGGUGAAGUGUGGCGAGGUGUUUGGCAUGGUGAAAAUGUAGCUGUAAAAAUUUAUUUUUCACGUGAUGAAGCUGCUUGGGCACGAGAAACUGAAGUUUAUUCUCAACUUUUACCUUCCCGUCAUGAUAAUAUUCUAGGAUAUGUUGGUAGUGAUAUGACAAGCCGAGCUAGUUGUACGCAAUUAUGGCUUGUAACUCAUUAUCAUCCACUAGGAUCACUUUAUGACCAUUUGAAUCGUUCACCACCACCACUGACUCACCAUCAGACUUUGAAUAUCUGCCUAGGAAUAACAAAUGGUUUAUUGUAUCUUCAUACGGAAAUUCAUGGAACGAGAGGCAAACCUUCAAUUUCACAUCGAAAUCUUAAGUCGAAAAAUAUUCUUGUAAAAACUAAUGGAAGUUGUGUUAUUGCGGAUUUCAGUUUUGCCACGACUCAAGACCGAUUGCUUACCGAUCGUGUCGAUUUACGACAAGGAAGUAAACGAUAUAUGAGUCCUGAAGUAUUAGAGCAAACAAUAAACGUCGAGUGUUUGGAGAGUUUUAGACGUACAGACAUUUACAGUCUUGGUUUAAUCAUGUGGGAAGUUUGCCGAAGAUGUAUAAGUAAUGGAGUAGCACUAGAUUACGCUGCUCCAUACUCAGAAUGGCUUUCAAGUUCUUCUCAAGAGCCUUCCAUUGAAGAAGUGCGUAAAUUAGUGGUUUUAGAUCAACGACGACCACCUCUUCCCAACCGUUGGCAUUCUGAUCCAACUUUGUCAGGGAUGGGCAAAUUAAUGCGAGAAUGUUGGCAUAGUAAACCCGCAGCGAGGUUACCAAUUCUUCGCGUUAAGAAGACUCUAAUAAAAUUAGCAGCCAAUGAUUCUCGUGUUCACUUAACGCUUGACUGAUCAGAGAUUGUAAAGAUUCAAAUUUCAUCAAUUUAUUUAUUCUUACUAUGCAUUAAUAAUUUUAUUGAUGUAAAUUCGUUCCAUAAAAAUAGCCAUGUUCAUUAAUCAGUGUUGAACUAGCUCUUUUCAUUACCAUAUGUUCAUUAUUGUCAUUACACAUCAUAAUGAACUUUUUCAUUAUAAUUAUCUUUGUAAGAAAGAAAUAAGCAUCAAUUAAUGUCUUACUUAAUCUAAGUCCAGUCAAGAUAGCCACGGGAUCUCAAUUUUUUCAUGGAUUAAAUUUAUAAAAAAUGUUAUUGGUGAUUUUCUUAAAAAUUAUAAGAGAAAUGGACAAAAGCUCAUUACAUUUUUUAACUUCUAUUCUUCAUAGUUUGGCUCAAAAAUGACAUUGAAGAUCGUUAAAUUUUCUGUAAAAAAGGUCUUUUGAUUUUAUCCUCUAUGUCUUACAAUUUAAGUAGAAAAUGAGGCUAAAAGUUUUUGAGAGAAGGUCUUGAUUUUCACUCCAUAGGAAUGAAUUUCAGAGCUAUCUUGACCGGACUAUAUUUCAAUGAAGCGAAUGUCUUAAAUAUUCUUUACAAUAAUUUUCGUAGUUUGAGUCAUAAAUCAUUUAUUUUUACUAUUUUAAAAUAGUUUAUAUAAAAAUUUAUCAUUAUGAGUUGUGCAUAAAUUUUUAUAUGAAUAUACGGAUAAAAUAACUGUACAGUAAUCGAUAAAUUUGAGAAGAAAUCUAGGGAGAAAAAGAGAGAAAUAUUUUAAUUUAUAUUAUUCGUGUUACCCUAUAGACAUUUUAGACACUAAGGAUAAUAUAAAAUACAUUAAUUAGUAUCCGCAACGAUAUUUGUCGUUAUUAUUUUUCACAUAAUUAAACAAUGUUCUAUUUGAGCUUAAAAAUGUUGUAAUAUUAAUUGAAGGAGUAACUAGAUCUAGAAAACUAAAUAACAUGUAAAUUAAAUAGAAGAAUUUAUAUUAAAAAUUAAGAUUUUAUUGUAAAUUAAUUGUUACAUUACAUAACUGAUAUUAUUUAUAUUAGAAAUUAGCGUUGUACAAAAAGCAGUGGUUCAUCAAGAAAUCAAUUCUUCGCGUUAUUAAAACAAUAUUUUUGGAUCAGACAUAUUUCUAUCCAUUGACUGAAGGGAUUAAUUAUUUAACAAUUAUCAGUAUCAAUAUUUAAUUUACAAGUAGUCAAUUAUUUAAAGUACUAAGUGUUUAUUGAUAAAUGGUCCACAUUUAUAUACACUGCUAGACAAAAAUGAGACUUUCUUAAAAAAAGUAAGAUAAUGAAAUCAGUCUCAUAACUAUUGAGGCGUAUAGAGUGUGUAGUUUAAUUGUCAACUAAAACACUUUUUCACAAGUAAUAUGCAUAUGUUUAAUAUUAAACUAUUCAAUAAUUAUUAAUUAGUUGUGUUAAAGAUGGAUAUAAUAUAUUUUAUAGACAACAAACUUUUGUGCAAGUGGUCUUAAUCUUUUAGCCGGCAGUGUAAAUUCGAUAAAUUUUUUGUCAGAUAAUUUAUUUUUAAACAGGAACAGAUGAUUCUUGCAAUACGAAUGGUAAUAUACAGUUAAGAAUAACGUUUUGUACAAUAAUUGUACAAAACAUUUCAUAAGUUUGUAAUAAUAAAUCUAAAAUCAUUAAUUAUCCAGUCUAAUUUCCGGAUGCAAUGUCAUUAACUUUUCUAAAUAAAAUUCAUUGUCUAUGUAAUUUUCACCAAUAGUCAUUUUAAAAAAUUCUUGAAAGCACGAUAGAUCUGCGUAAGGACAUACUAAGUAUAUUAAAAAUGCAUAUCUCCAAACAAUAUUUUGUGUAUGGAGGCAUUUUAGAAGCUGUGGAAACAUUUUUUGAAUUACUGACCAAUCUUCAUUUAUCAAUGCAUUACGCAUUUCUACCACUGCAUGAGUAUGUGUGAAUGCUGAGCCUGCGAUAAGUUUUUUGGGCGUUGGAAUGAAAUUUGUCACGCAUUGACUAUGUACUGCUUUUUCUCUUGUUUGUUCAUUUAAUUUUCGUUUUGAAGAUUUAAGUACUCUGUUUUUCAGAAGAUUCAAAGCCCUAUCCUUGAAUGUGUAGGUAGACAUGAAAGAAAGAAAAAUAAUUGAUAUAAAUUUUUGAUACUACAAGCAUUUGAUUUUUAUUUGAAAAUAGUGAAAUUUAUUGAAAUCUGGGGGGAUUAGUGUACAUCAGUUGAAAUAUCUUUUCAGAUCUUUCAGAAAUUAAUAACUGAAAAUAAAAUAUAAUAAUGGUGUUCUACUCUACGUAAGAGAUAACAAAUAAAAGAAAUGGUCUGAAUGCAA